UGACCAACCGCUCGAUCUAUAAAUUGCCCAGUUUCCUCGCAUUUAUGCCCUGCUUUUCGUCUGCUCCGACGACGGACUCGCUUCUAGGUCUUGAGGGCUUAAGGUCUACCUAGAAGAGGAGGAAGGCGGCUUUGAAUCGAUCCUCGUCAGAUUCUUCUGUUUAGUUAUUCUGCAGGUUUGUAAAAGAUGGCGGAUGUUGAUGAUAUUCAGCCCCUUGUUUGUGAUAAUGGAACUGGAAUGGUUAAGGCUGGAUUUGCUGGUGAUGAUGCGCCCAGGGCUGUGUUCCCAAGCAUUGUUGGCCGACCUCGUCACACUGGUGUCAUGGUUGGCAUGGGCCAAAAGGAUGCUUAUGUGGGAGAUGAAGCCCAGUCCAAAAGAGGUAUCCUCACCUUGAAAUAUCCCAUCGAACAUGGAAUUGUAAGCAACUGGGAUGAUAUGGAAAAGAUUUGGCAUCACACCUUCUACAAUGAACUCCGUGUUGCCCCUGAGGAGCACCCUGUACUGCUAACUGAAGCUCCUCUCAAUCCCAAGGCAAACAGAGAAAAGAUGACACAGAUAAUGUUCGAGACUUUCAAUGUGCCUGCCAUGUAUGUUGCCAUUCAAGCUGUUCUUUCCCUAUAUGCUAGUGGCCGCACAACUGGUAUUGUGCUUGAUUCCGGUGAUGGUGUUAGCCAUACAGUUCCUAUUUAUGAGGGUUAUGCACUUCCGCAUGCCAUCCUUCGAUUGGAUCUUGCGGGCCGAGAUCUCACAGACUCAUUGAUGAAGAUCCUCACUGAGAGAGGAUAUUCUUUCACCACUACUGCAGAGCGUGAAAUUGUCAGGGACAUCAAGGAGAAGCUAGCCUAUGUUGCCCUUGACUAUGAGCAGGAGUUGGAAACCUCCAAGAGCAGCUCUUCCAUAGAAAAGAGCUAUGAACUCCCUGAUGGUCAGGUUAUUACUAUUGGCGCUGAGAGAUUUAGAUGCCCAGAAGUUCUUUUCCAGCCUUCUCUCAUUGGAAUGGAAGCUGCUGGAAUUCAUGAGACAACUUACAACUCCAUUAUGAAAUGCGACGUGGAUAUCAGAAAGGAUUUGUAUGGAAACAUUGUUCUUAGUGGAGGCUCCACCAUGUUCCCUGGCAUUGCCGAUCGCAUGAGCAAAGAGAUAACUGCACUUGCUCCUAGCAGCAUGAAGAUCAAGGUGGUCGCUCCACCAGAGAGGAAAUACAGUGUCUGGAUUGGAGGAUCUAUCCUCGCCUCCCUCAGUACUUUCCAGCAGAUGUGGAUUUCCAAGGCCGAGUAUGAUGAGUCUGGCCCUGCUAUUGUCCAUAGGAAAUGCUUUUGAGUCUCCAUAUUUGCUUCUGUCUCGUAUGCGAUUAGCUGUUUUUCUGGCUUGGUUUUCCCAGAGAUUGUUGAAUUUAAGUAAGGGGGGUUUGUUGGAUUUACUUCUUAGAUGGUUUUAUAAUUUUCAGAUGGUCUUGUAUGUUUGUGGCGCUGCUCAUAAUUUACAAGGCAGCAGAACUUCUGUUCCAUAUGUCUAUCAGACAUGCCAGUUUGAUCCAGAUGGCUGGUUCUUCCUGGUUCUAUUUACGAACUUUUAAAACAGAGAUAAAUGAGUCGGUACCUUCUAUUA